AGUAGCUCCAAUGCGCUUUCAAUUAACGUGGAUGUAAAACCGCUGUUGGGGACAAGACAAAACAGACUGCAGGAAGAUAUAUUAUAUAUUAACAACAACAACAACAACAACAACAACAACAACAACAAAACACCAGAACUUCAAACUCACAGCCACUGUUCGGAUUAAAUUCCACUUCAUUCCGGAGUUCUCCUUGCCUUACUUGUGCUGCACCUGCUCCGGCGGACCAGCGCCGAAAGUUAAUGCUUUUUUGUACUGGUCGAGAAGUCUUUAAAACCACGUGAAUGUAUAGCAUGAUGAUGGAGACGGACUUACACUCCCCGGGACCCCAGACCAAUACAAACCCGGGGCAGACAGGUCCGAAUACGGGGAACAAAGCCAACCAAGAGCGCGUCAAACGCCCUAUGAAUGCUUUUAUGGUGUGGUCCCGCGGUCAGCGCCGGAAAAUGGCUCAGGAAAACCCGAAAAUGCACAACUCUGAGAUCAGCAAGAGACUCGGCGCAGAGUGGAAGGUGAUGUCAGAAGCUGAAAAGCGGCCCUUUAUUGACGAGGCAAAAAGGCUUCGCGCCAUGCACAUGAAAGAGCAUCCGGAUUACAAAUACCGACCGAGGCGCAAAACCAAGACGCUGCUUAAAAAGGACAAGUACUCUCUGGCUGGCGGUCUGCUCGGCGGAGCGGCCACGGGCGCUGGAGUUGGCCUCGGGGUGGGCAUGAGCGCAGCCGGAGUAGGCCAGAGGUUAGAAAGUCCCGGGGGUCACGGAGGCUCAGGCGGCGCCGGUUACUCGCACAUGAACGGUUGGGCAAACGGCGCGUAUUCGGGCCAAGUGGCUGCCGCCGCUGCUGCUGCCGCUAUGAUGCAGGAGGCGCAGCUCGCCUACGGGCAGCAUCCAGGCAGCGGGGCACACCAUCACCACCACCCCCAUGCCCACCACCAUCAUCCGCACAACCCGCAGCCAAUGCACCGCUACGACAUGAGUGCUCUGCAGUACAGCCCCAUAUCCAGUUCACAGAGUUACAUGAGCGCGUCGCCGCCUGGCUAUGGAGGAAUUUCCUACUCGCAGCACCAAAACGCGGGUGUUGCGUCGUCGGCCGCCAUCGGCACACUGAGCUCUUUGGUCAAGUCCGAGCCGAACGGGUGAUUGUGAGAGACUCUGCAGGAAUUUGGCAGGCCCGGGGUUUGGAG